AUGUUGUCGUCCCGUACCACUCCUAAGGUUUCCUUUGAUGUUGCCAUUGAACUCUCACCGGCGAGGUUUGAUAAGGUAAUCCCUCUUUCAGCGGAAGAUUAUCAGGUCGCUGGUUGGAACAUCGCACAGCGUUUUCCUGCGCAAGAACUUAAGCCCGAUGAUCCAGAAGUGCCCUGUGUGCUCGUCGGUCCCAGCUUUGACUUUGCCGAUGUGGCUGCUGGGCUGCCUAAAGUUAAGGCUGCGAUUGAUGAGCUUCAACCGGGUACCUCUCUCGAGAAGGAGUCCGACAAGGUAGAAGUCAGAGUCGGCGUCCAAGGCGGCAUCUCAGGCGGCGAGACGAUCCUGUUCGCUAAAAAGAUCACCACCCUGGUCAUGGUCUUGGAAAAACAUCUGCUCUGCAAGCUGAGAUCCCCAUAUCUCAAAGAUGACGAUAACCUUAUGAGCAAGGAGUCUAAAGUGGCUGUGGGACCAUGGCCCCAAGGCAAUGUUGUGAGCUCCGACUAUGACUCGCACAUACCUCCGAUGGCAACCAUGAAGCCAGCCGUCUGGAACAACCAAGAACCAGAGUGCAUGUAUCGCAAGUUCAGCUUGAUAUGGGCAGCGCCCUCACUGCGGGAGCUUAGUUAUAUGUGUGCUCCGCACUGGAAAGUAUGUGACUUCUACAUUGGGCCUCCCACAGAGCUACCUCUGAGCCGUAUACCCUGGGGCAUCGAAGAGAGCCCCCAGGACCCUUCACCCUGGUGGGAGUUUGGGAAGGAAUUUGACCUUUUCAGAGAGAGGUCUAACAGGCAGUGGGAUUCCGAAGAGCGCCACACCUAUUUCUACUUCACAUAUCUACAAUCAACAUUCGAACACAAGUUACUCCGCAAUUGGGUCGAGGUCAUUGCCCGCAUCGCUGAGCUAGCCCUGGCUAGUUCUGACGAGUACAAGAGAUGCCUCGAAACCAUCUUCACGAUCCUUCAUGAAUCUGGCUCAGGCUUCACGGCUUGGGCGCCGCUGAUGAAGCGCGUCCUCAACCUGGAACACCGCAUCCCGGACUGGCGGGACCAGAUUCCCUGGUACUUGCGAUGA